AUGGGUGCCUCGGGGAGAUGGAUUAAAGCAUUGGUUGGUUUCACCAAAUCUGAUAAGUCAAGGUCUUCAAAGAAAGAUGAAAAUGUGAAGAUUGCCACAAAGAGCCGGUUUGGGAGAAAGAAGUCAGUUGAUUUUGACGCUGAAAAGUUUCAAGAGUUUGAAGAUUCCAGUAUGAUAGAUACUGGGGUCUCUACUUCAACUUCACUGCAAUCAUAUGGUGCUGCUAAUGAAGAACAAAGGAAGGAACAUCAAGCUGCAACACGCAUCCAAACAGCUUAUCGAGGAUUUCUGGCUAGAAGAGCUUUACGAGCGUUGAAGGGAUUGGUUAGACUUCAAGCUCUUGUUAGAGGACACGCUGUGAGAAAACAAGCAGCUGUGACGCUUCGAUGUAUGCAAGCGUUAGUAAGAGUUCAGGCUCGUGUGCGUGCAAGACGUGUCCGUCUCGCCUUGGAAAGUGAAACCGGUGAGCAGACACUUCAACAACAGCUAGCAGAUGAAGCUCGAGUUCGAGAAAUAGAGGAAGGUUGGUGCGACAGCAUUGGCUCUGUUGAACAAAUCCAAGCCAAGCUGCUAAAGAGGCAGGAAGCUGCAGCUAAGCGUGAGAGAGCUAUGGCAUAUGCUUUGACUCACCAGUGGCAAGCAGGAACUAGGCAGAUAUCUGCGUACAGUGGGUUUCAACCUGACAAGAACAACUGGGGAUGGAACUGGUUGGAGAGAUGGAUGGCUGUUCGUCCAUGGGAGAAUCGGUUUCUUGAAAGCAACCUCAGGGAAGAUGCAAAUCUAGGCGAGAACAGUUUGGAGCAGUCUGAGAAUGUGCAUAAAACUCAGAUGAAAAGUGGAAGCAAGUUGCCACCAAACACUUCAAAUCUUGCUGCAUCUGGUGGUGUUUCAAGUCAGAAGGUAACAGGUCCAUCUCAGUCCGAUUCGUCUUCUCCUGGAGUGUCUUCAAGCGUUCCAGUGGUAUCCAAGGGUAAGUCAAAGUCUGCUGCUAAAGACGAUCUCGCUGGAGAAGUUAACUCAAGACCUGUUGUUUCUGGUCCAAGAUCGCAUAGCAAUCCGAAAGAAAGAUCUUCAAAGGAACGUUUGUCUCUUCCAAACACUGGAAAGUCCUCAGGGUCUCAGGCAGCUAAAGCCAACAGAACGGGAAAACUCACGACAGCAUCUCAGAAAGUAGCUGAGGAUAAAGCUUCCCAAAACCAGAGAAGACGCAACUCCGACCCAAUUAAACAGAGGCUCGCAUAG